AUGUGCUCCUUGGUCAUGAUCAACAGCGUUGAGGGUCCUGCCUUGGAAGAAGCAAAACUUGAAGUCAAAACAAAAUCGCCUCCUGAGAAGCGUGACUCCAACCAGAAAUAUGUUUUUGCACACCAUAUGGUUGGAAACACGGCCCCUUACACGGUUGAAGAUUGGAAGCAGGAUAUUCAAUUGGCAAAUGCAAGUGGGAUCGAUGCAUUCGCUUUGAAUAUUGGUUCCGACUCGUGGCAGUCAGAUCAAGUCAAGAACGCCUAUACAGCAGCACAGCAGCUAGGCUCGAACUUCAAGAUGUUCCUUUCUCUUGAUAUGUCCAUCCUUCCCUGUGUUUCUCCGGAGAAUGCUACAGCUUUACGCAAGACCGCAACGGCAUACGCAGAUCAUCCAGCGCAAUUCAAAUACAAUAACAAGGCUUUUGUGUCUACGUUCUCUGGCGAACAGUGCACAUUUGGCCAAGGAAAUGCUGCACAAGGGUGGUCUUCUCAGUUUAAAUCGCAGCUAAGCAACAUAUUCUUCGUUCCAAACCUCAAUAUCGAUCCUACGACUCUUGGGAGUUACUCAAAUGCUAUUGAUGGCGAGUUCAAUUGGAACUCUGCGUGGCCCAUAGCCGCUAAUAACGUCACAUUCAAAGCUGCAGUGCAGAAGGCGGGAGCGGCGCAGGACAACGUGGUUAACACACAGUACUCACAAUUAAUAACUCAAAUUAGUGAUGUUAACCACGGCUACUCGAGCUCCCUGGACACGGAUCAGCAGUACAUCGGUGCACUGAAGGAUAAGCUAUAUUUGGCUGGGGCAUCUCCGUGGUUCUUCACGCACUAUUCUCCGUCAAGUUACAACAAGAACUGGGUGUAUCUAUCCGACUUACUCUAUCCAACUCGUUGGCAAGCUAUUAUCUCUGCGCGGAACAAGUUCCCUAUGGUUGAGAUAAUCACUUGGAACGACUACGGGGAGUCGUCGUACAUCGGGCCAAUUAAAGGCGCGCAACCAAAUAGUCAAGCAUGGGUCAAUGGAUUUGACCAUAGCGCUUUCCUUGAUAUGACAAAGUACUUUAUCACUGCAUACAAGACUGGGAAGUACCCGACCGUUCAAGAAGAUAAGAUCUACUUAUGGGCGAGACCACAUAAGAAAGACGCUACUUCCUCAGACCCUGUAGGCAAACCGCGAGACUUUGACAUCAUGGAAGAUGCGCUCUUUGCAGUUGUUCUUGCUAAAGAACAAUCAAGCGUCACGCUCUCGACAAAGUCAAUCACCAAGACUGUUCAAGUCAAAGCCGGUCUUUCCGAAUUAUCACUUCCCUUGAAACCUGGUGAUACCAUGAGUGCAUCCUUGAGUAGAAACAAUCAAGUCGUCGCGCAAGUUAAGCCGAGUAAUUUCACAUUCCAAGAUAACGCGAAUAUCUAUAACUUUAACGCGUUUACUGCUAUGUCGGGUGGCACUGCAACUACCGCAUAG